UGGUUGCAGCACUCACUUCUUGUUCUACAACUCACUUUAGUUUGGUGUCAGGUGACACCAAAACCAAACGAAGAAUCAAAUGCCAAUAAACUGCACGAAUGUUACAGUCAAUUGCAGAGUAUAGUGAGAGCCAAUAUGACGAAAAUUGUUGAAUGUUUGUCGCAAACGAUAAAUCUAAAUACUAUUAUAGAGGAUGCACUGCAAAAAAUGGGUAUACUCGAGAAUCAUCUGGAACAGUUUCGAUCUAAUGAUGCUAAGGAGGAGAUCCAGAAUCGUACACUUUACGAGAAUAUCGAUGAUAUAGUCAACUUGGAGGGCUCUGUGGCUGGGCAUAGCUGUCACGAUAAACGUCGUGCGGUUCAAGCAAUACGUCGUAAAUUAGAAAUGUUAAGUCUAAUGAAGGAUAUGGAGAGUAAUCUAUUUGAAUGGCCAUGGCCACCAGCACGAUCAAAACGCGUAAAGCCUAGAAAGGAGGGAAAAUUUCCACAUGAUGAUGAACCGAUGACAGACACAGAUGAACCGUAUGCAGGGGAAACGGAUAAACUGCGUUGCCUUAUUUCGCAGUCCAUCAAGUGGCAUAAAAAUGGCUAAUGAAUCGAAGAGGAUUGACGGUAGCGAAAUCAGUUAAGCGUUAACACCAUUUGUUGGCUUUCAAUUGAUUGUACCAAUUAAAAUGAAACACUCACACACAGACACAUAGAAUACAGGAUCAGUGGACGAGAGGAAUGGGGAUUGGGAGUCGAAGAGGUGUAGAGG